AUAAAGGCAGUUGAGAAAUCUGCAAUGAGUCUGAAAAUAUGAAAAAUAAUUUCUAAAGAACUGCAAAAAAAAAAUGAUAAAUGAAAGCUUUCCAUUCACCUUUAUCUAAGGUUUUGAUUUCGAUUUAGGUUUGUAGUUAACGCAAAUUCAGGGGAAAGAAGGCCGGGUUGUUUUUAUUAGAGGCCCGAAAGUAUGCAACUAUUCUACCCAUCACCCCCUCCUUUCAUUUCAUAUCAAGAUCAAGACCCUUUUGAAUUAGCUUAGAACUACCUUAAUUCUAACCCUUAACAGGUCGGCUUGGUAAAAUCUCCGUCAGGAUGUUCCGGCACCCUCGCCUCCAUGGACUGAUCCUUGCCAGGCUCUUCUCGCUGCACCGCAGCCCCAUGAACCGACCCCAAGAAGAGAUUUCCAUUUCCACGUUGGUCUGGAAGCAGCCCCAUCCUGGUCAGACCAUCGGAAAAUGCCGCCAAUCGAGUUUGCUGGAAGAGCAGCGGGAGCAGUCACAUCCUUUUGGGAAUGAUUACCGCAUCUAUCAGCAGAACGUGGACUUGGAGGCCUUCUUCGGCGAAGAGCCCAAGUACGAGAAAGUGUCGGACGUUUGCCUGCUAAAUGAUCACUUCAUCCUGGUAAAGAUGCCGCCACCAAUUCCUUCUCCGCCACCGUCAAAGUCCAAGAUUCCUCGUUGCUUCAAAUGCAAUCGCGGCAGCCGGGUUUCCCCCAUUCUGGAGGAGGCUGAAGAGGAACUACCUCCGUUGAAGACCAGUUGCCUGCAGCCCUGGUCAUCACGCGAUCAGACCGAGAUUGAAGUCUUCGAUUCCAGUACUAGACUAACUAAUACUCCAGAUAGAGGUCCCCAGACAGCUCCCGUGAUAGUGGAGCAACCGCACCCCACUCUGCAGCUGGAGGCGAUCCAAUCCGUGGGCCCUGGACAGCUGCAGGGGCCUCCUAUAAGUCGGGGACCACUCCACUGGUUUCUUUGGCCCUUUCGACGGCGCCGGGUUCCGGGAAGCAAGUCCAAGCCACAGCUCGCCGCCGUCCAUAAGACCUACUUUGUACGGUGGAGUAAGCCGCCGGACACACUUUGGCAUGGAUUCGGAGUGGACACGUUGCAAGAGAGGAAAUGCGAGCUUCGACGUUGCCGGUCGGCGGUUUUCUGA